GACAGUAACAUCUUGAGAGGCGCUUGAUCCAUAAUAUGGAUACUUUGCAAUUGGUUCUGGUGGCCGUGGUUACAUUCAUUUGCGGCGUAAUAUGUACACUGGCGUUACAGUUCUACCUGUUCAAGAGGUACCUGGACUCGGGGCCUCAGGCCGCUCCGCCGCAAAGGCAGCUGCAGCAUGACAAGGCACAGCUACCUAAGGAAUUGGUGGAGCAGAUGCACGAGGAACGCACGAGUUGCAACAACAGCAUGUCCCGCCAGGCGAUGUCUCAGGGCAACGAAAACCUCGCGAUAAACCUCACGUUGCAGUUUCUCUUCAACGAGCUGCGGAACGCUGAACGAGUGCGUCUGUGGCUCUACAGGAAGUUAAAUAACGAGUUCAAGGAACUAUUGACGCAAUCGACAACCGCCAAGCUGCUGGACAGCGUGAAAUUGAGGGACUUAAACCUCGGUACGCAAUUUCCCACGAUAAAGGGCUUGGAGGUGGCCGAUUCGAAAAUCGAUGCCGACACGGGUCUACUGGAGUCUCUGGACUUGGCCUUAGAUCUACAUUACUCAGGAAAUUUUCAAUUGUCUAUAGACGUUAAGAUGCUCCUCGGUAAAACAGCCUACAUGGCGUUGCAAGUGAAGCGUGUCAGUGGUAAAGCUAGGCUACAAUUUACUCGCGUACCAUACACGCAUUGGUCAUUAAGCUUUUAUUCGGAUCCGAUCUUGGAGCUGGAGGUGCAGUCGCAAUUUCAAGGCCGGCAGUUACAACCGCAAAUAAUUUCGCUCAUCACUAAUCAGAUUAGGAGAGCGGUGAGACGGAAGCAUACUCUACCUCGUUACAAAAUGCGCUACAAGCCAUUCUUCCGGAGAUUGAACGACGAGGCUGUAGACCUCUCGGAGGUUGCCAGUACUCAGCUCACUCCGGGAUACCUGGAAGUCGUAUUGCUCGAAAUCAGCAGACUGAACCUCGCACCUAUCCUUAACAGCGAGGAUCUGUCGCAGGUGGAAGUGUACUGCACCAUGAGCGUAGAUUCCACGCCGUGGAUAUACUUGACACAGUACAGUGGCGUUCCAUACAUGGUACUGGAUCUGAUCAUCAGCAAAACGGGCUCGCAACAGCUGGGCGUGGUGUUCAAGCAGGAGGUCGUGCCGGAAAUCGGGCAGGUGUGUGUACUGGUUGAGACCAUAGUGUCCGGCAGUCCGGCGGCGAUCGCCGAGAUGAAAAAAGGCGACAUUCUGGUGGCAGUGGACGGCAAGAGGGUGUCGAGCAUGAACCAAGUGGCAAAAUUCGUCAAAUCCGCCGUGCAACGGCGCUUCAUCAUCAGAGUCGAGAGGCGGUACUCGAAAACGGACUCGAGCGAGAGACAGAAAACGGACAACGAGAGAACGCUCUUCGAGAGGAAAGCAUCGAAAAGCGAUUCCGUGGGCAGAGUCGACAGUCCGAGUGUGGAGGACGCCGGGAAGAUGAAGUUCGAGACGCAAAUAAAAUUCUCCGAUCUGCGGGACUCUGACACUGACCUUGCGGACACCCGACCAGACACCGGCAAGUUGUUCAAAAGGAGAAAAAGCAGUAUCCAGACGGAGGACGUCGCUCAAACGCCCGACACCACGCCGUCUCGUCGUAUCUCGACGAUAUCCACAUCCUCGGCGUCGUCUGGUAACGUUCAGUUUUAUCUUUCGGAUGAAGUCAACAUGAGCAAUAUCGCUGAUCUCUAUUACAACACGAGGGAGAAGCCAUAUGCCUCUCUGAUCACCUUCGAGGAGACCAAAAGCUUCCGGAUUGACUCGGAAUCGCAAUACUUAAACGUGGGCGUAUGGGGACGCGUAAAGGGUGGUGAAACGCUUCCAAGAUUGCUGGGCUACAUAAACGCGCCUGUGAAAUUGAUCCUGGCGCAGUGUUGCACCUCCACGACUGGCCAUUACCUGAAAUGUCAUGCCUUGUUACCGCCAGAAAGUGCUUCUUUAGCGACAUCCUACGUAAGACUACAAGGCUAUUCAGGAUUCGAUCCGACACUUUGUUACGGUGAUAUCCUGUUGUCGUACGUAUGGGAAUCCUGUCAGCCAAGCGAUCACAUGACCAGUGACGCCGGGAAAAAAGAAAAUGCAGAAACUGCCAAAAUUCAACACAUUCCAAAUGAGGAAGUCGCAGACAGAAAAAUGCACGAUUUUAUCAGGACUCAUUUCCACAGAGCGACUCAUUGUGAUUUUUGUACAAAAAAGAUUUGGCUGAAGGAUGCGGUGCAGUGUCGGGAUUGUGGUAUGGUGUGCCACAAGAAGUGUGAGGCACGUUGCCAAGCCUCUGGUACGUGCGGUGCCGAAAGCCUAGCAGCAACCCUAGCGUUAGAAGCCGAUGAGAUCGAGCCAAACAGUAUCGGGGAUAUCUCUAAUCCAGAGAUCUCUCUAACCGGAUGCGAAGAAAACGUACAGGGCGCAAGUAUGAUGGCCGUGAAGGCCAGUAUAGCUAACACUCUAAUGGGCCUGAAGAAGGCUGGAAGUACCAGUUGUCUGGCCCCACCGGCUUCCGGUAUCGGUCUGGCAUCUCGAAGUCUUCCCCCAAGUCCCUGUGCAUCCCGCAAGAGCUCAUUGGCCGGAGGUUUGGGAAUAAGUCCUGACCUCUUGGAGGGUGCUGAGCCAAGUGUUGCAGCUCCACUUGUAGCCGGCGAUCUGGAUGACGGUCUUAUGUCGAGAGCCAGGGAUACUGGCAAAUUCUUGUAUAAGUAUUUGGAGCCACAGGAACGCGUCGAGAAGAUCAAUACUAUGAUAAGCAAAUUGAAAAACGCACUGGACGCCGAAACUACCUCAAGAUUAGAGCUAUCCCAAAAUGGAGACGCGGAUAGCAUGAAAUUGAUUGCGCAAAGUGAUUUGCGAGUACAGGCACUCAGUAUACUACUCCUGCAUUACUGCGCCGGGUUGCAGCACGCACAGGAAGCACUCGACCGACCAGAAGCCAAAAAGGAAUCUUAACAAGAAUACAUUCGAUGAGGGGCAGCUUUAUAAAAAAAAUAUUUCUUCACCCUUAAAAAAUUAAAAAGAGAUGUGAAAUUUCACGGUAUUUGAUAAUGGAAUUAACGAUGGUUCACUUUCGCCAGUUCUUUCGUAAUGAGCCAUGACUGGAUAACGUUAACGCGGCAUUACAUCGAUUUUAUGAUGUCAAUGUUGUUUUUAGUAUUACAUUGCAAUGUUGUUACCACGUUACAGAAAAAUUGCACAGAGAUAUUUAUAUUAUUAUAUGCACAGAAAUAGGGAACAGGUACCUAACAGUAUUUAUAGAGAUUACAUUGAUAAAGCAAGAGCUGAGAAACUUUAUACAUGAUUAUAUUUUAUAUAUACAUUACUUUUCUUCAUUUUCGCUGUAUAAUAUUUCUCUUUUGAAAGACAGCAUUAUAUACAUAUUCUAUAUACUUCUGUAGUAUUAGUAACGUUACAUUAGAUUUUUCAAGACUUGAGACGUUGAGAUGUAACGUUAUAGGCAUCAUGUAUUAUACAAUGUAAGUUUCAAUAUUACGUAAUAGCUGUUCUAAAACGUAUUCUACGUUAGUCAAUUAAUCGAGUUUUAACACAAUUCGCGUGAAUGUCAAUAGGGAUAGAUGAUGAAAUAUAUAGUUACGAUUUAUUUAUUCGGAUUUCCAGAUUCUUAAUAGCGAGGUUUUAACGUACGAAUGGCAUUUGAGAUAUAGAUUGUUUAUAGAUUUCAGAAAAACUUUGUAUUAGUUUCUAUAUAUAUUACUCAAAUUAACGUUAAUGAUCGCAGUCCAGUUUUAUAUGUAGCUUUUGCGCUUUACGGGUUUAAUCAAAAUUCUACAAUAUGUGUUACAUACGUAAUAAAACGAAUUCGUGUACGUAAGGACUUCUAGUGAUUUUACCAAUUUGCAUAUUACAAUUUGCGUUAUAUGUGUAGCUGAGUAAUACUUGGACACAUUGCCACGAUGAGAUAUCGUUCACCAAGAAAGAACACUCGUUAAGACUAAUAUUAAUGGAUUAUUAUUAAUAAUAAUUAUUACAAUGUAUUCAUAGAUUGCGUGUAUAUUUUUACAACAUAUGAUGGUUUUCAUCUACGAAAGGAUACACGUAAUCUGUAAUAUAUAGCUUUGCUUGAAAAUAGUGCGUCUCUUCGAAUAUCUAAUGAAAAACAUUUGAUCUAAUAAUAAUUUAUGCGAUAUAUUAGAUUUAUUAGUGUAAUGUAUGACGCAUUAUCGAAUUUAUGAGACAAGUUUAUGGAUUCGAGUAAUGUUUUGUCGUGAUAAUAGGAUGAUUUAUAUAGCAUAAUGGUUUAUUAUAAUGUACGAUCCUGCAUUACACCAAAACACGUGUAAACACUCUCUGCACGUUUUGAAAAUCAUUUUCAAUUAUACUUUCACAAAUUUCACGCGUGUCUUUGGAUAAAAUCGUUUUCCUUCGUAUUCUUAUCAGCAUUUAAAUUCUCUCAUUGUCGAGUCUUUAUUAAGAAAAUGAUCUGAAUGUAUCAUGAGUUGUUUCUGCACUAUUAUAUACGUUUCAGGAUUUCUUGGAGUCUUUGAAUGGACCAGUUUUGAGAUUUCUGACUAUUAAAAAUGUCUGAUAAAACUGUUUUUGAUAUUUAUGCUAUUUUAUGCAUUUUAAAUCAUAUUAUAUGAUCUAUUCAUGAUGUUCAUUUAUUAAGUAACUAAUUUUAAUUUACAAUUACGUACGGAGAAACAGACGUCAUAAUUUGACAAUUUUUUAAACAUUUUAUUUACGAAUAUCCAUGGUGCCAAAUAAUUUAAACCACAACACGGAACAUAUCCAUGAAACGGUAUAACUAUACCGAGUGACAUUAAACUACACGGUCGCACGUUAGAGAACGCGUAUUUACGAUAUUGAGGAAAACGAUAUAUAUCGAAGAGAAAAAGUUAGCACUGUAUUUAGCGUCAGAUAUGGCCGUCUGAUUCUGAGCUCUAUUUGCGGAAAAUGCAUUCAAUCUAUGCUUAUUGAUACCACCAAUUGGAUGGCCGCAUGUAACACUAAAUGUGUGAAUAGGCCUUUGACUGUUAAACUGUAUAAUCAAAGAAUACUACACUGCUUCGGCCUAACUGGCGAUACUAACAAAGCGAAAAAAAUUAUGUAAAUUUUGACUGAUUUUUUAAUCGUUCACGUGCAUUUAAUAAAUAUACGAAACGUCUUCGUAUUAGUGAAAUCCAUCCAUGAGUAUUUUUGUGUGAUCAUAAUUUAAGGUGUUGUGCGUUUGGCGAUUGCAAACCGAUGUAUUGUCACUCAUUAUAUUGUUACCAUAUAUAAUAUAAAGUGAUUAUAAAAG